GUGAAACUCGUCACUUCCCUCACAAUGUCCUCGGUCCAAAAGAAGCUCAUCAUCGUGGGCGACGGCGCCUGCGGCAAGACCUGCCUCCUCAUCGCCUUCGCCAAAGACAUCUUCAACGCCGAAUACCGCCCCACAGUGUUCGAGAACUACGUCGCUGAUGUGGAGCUGGACACCAUCACCGUGGAGCUCUCCCUCUGGGACACCUCGGGCCAGGAGGACUACGACCGUCUCCGCCCCAUCCAAUACCCCGAGACCGACGUGGUGCUGAUCUGCUUCUCGGUGAUGUGGAGGGACUCCCUCUUGAAUGUCUCAGCGAAGUGGUGUCCAGAAGUGAGACACUUUUGUCCCAACGUUCCUGUGUUGCUCAUAGGGACGAAGAGUGACCUCAGAGAGGACAAGGAAGAGUUGGAGAAGUUGAAAAUGAUGAAAAAGUCCCCGGUGACGAGGGAGGAGGCCGAGGCCAUGGCGGGGACAAUUGGGGCUAUUUGCUACAUCGAAUGUUCGGCCAAGACGAAAUAUAACGUCCAGGAGGUGUUCAAGGGGGCGGCGAGGGCCACCAUUAGGAAGAGGAAGCGCCGGAAGCAACACUGUGUUCUAAUUUAAACCGUUUAAUUUGUAUUUAGCGCCAUUUUGAUGUUUUGACAUUUAGCCAAUACCAACAUUACUACAAUUCCCUACUUUAAAAGUAAAUUUCUUUACUUUUAAACCCAUUUAGGUGAUUUUUAUAAUUUCAUGCCAUUACUACGUUAAACGUUGUCAUUAUUAUCAAAAAUAAUUUAUAUUUUUACGAAUAAAUUAUAAAUAAUCUGUAUUAGGCGACACUAAAGGUACCAACAUAAAGUAUUUAUG